AUGACAGUUCACCGCACCGCUGGCGCCCUCGUGAUGGUGCACGCUCUUCUCCUCCUCGUCCCUAAGGUUCCGUUUGCAGCUGCAGCAAUCAUCACUCCAGGCUCGGACAUCAACGCUGCCACGGAGCCGAUCUUUAUUCCCAUCAACGUCGCUCCUACCGUCAAGGUCUGCGAUAGCGCUGGCGUGCGGCUACUUUGCCUGCUGCACCAAGUAUGUUCCCAAAGACUGGUCGACGAUUCUGAAUGUGCAAGUCUGACCCCUCCUUCUAGCACUGCGCAUUGCACGCUCAUCACGACGUGUAUUCCCGGCGGGGAACCUACUCCAACGCAGUCCUGCGCUCGUGGCGACCGUGGCUGCACUUCUUGCCCCGACAAAGGUCCCAAGGCCUGCGUGACAAUUUCUCCUCCAAGCGGAUCAGCUCGACAGAUUUUUUGCGCUGCCCUCGACGAGGACAUCACCUCGACCCUCGCAACUACUCCUACUCUUUCCGAAGCUGCCAGGCAUUCCGGAGGCACCACCAUCGACUCCGCACUUUUGACCAUCACUUCUUCUUCUCCCGCCCAAACAAACGUUAACGCCCCAGCACCCGCAACCACUAACCUCAACCCACCAGAACCCACCACCAGCAACAAGACCAAAACAUUCCCCCCCACCACCAAAUCCCAAAUCAUCAUCUCCAUCUCCGCCAUCCUCGGCGCCAUCACCGUUUCCCUCGGCCUCUUCUGCGCCUACAAAUGCCUCGUCGUUCACCGCAGAAGACACGCGCCGGAUAGCUUUAGAAGGAAUAGGGUUGCUAGUGGUGGUCCGCCUGGGACUUCGCAUUCCGAUCAUGGACAAGGACGGGUUGGUGUUUGGCGCGCGGUGGAGCAGAAGGCGGAACGGGGUUACGAGGAGAAGAGUUGGAGCGGGCGGAAGCAUGGGGUUAUGAGUGCUGCGGAGGGGGAGGAUAAGGAAGGGAUUGAUGAUGAUGUCGACUCGUCCACUUCCCCAGCUUCCGAUACUUCGACUACGACAAACGGCGAGGACGACAAGUACAUCUCACCUACGCCCGUACCAAAUCCCAUCACCACGGCUACUCGGAAUCAUUCCGAAUACUCUCCUACUUCUGCUCCAUCUCGCAAUCCUCCAACUUCUACUCCGACUCCUACUCCCCCUCACACUCCAUCUCCUCCCCCUCCGGCAUCUCCGUCCAACAGCAACGUGCCCGAACUCAUGCGCCAAAACAGCAGCCUCCUGCUGCCGACAUCGGGCCCGUAUCUGUCUGCCGAGACAGCGCUGGGGAGCGGGUACUGGAGAGCGGAGAGGGAGCAGAUGAUGGCGGACGAGGUGCUCAAGGUGGAUGCUUUGGAGCUUUUGGAGAUGGAGCGUUGGGUGUAUGGCAGAUAA